CAGAGGUCAGCAGGAAGUCGAUACGUGGCCGCCGCCUGUCCCCGCCGAGGAGGCGCAGCAGCCGGAGAUGGCGGCGGUGCUGAACGCAGAGCGGCUCGAGGUCUCCGUCGACGGCCUCACGCUCAGCCCGGACCCGGAGGAGCGGCCGGGCGCGGAGGGUGCGCCCCUGCCGCCGCCGCCGCUGCCGCCGCCGCCUCCCGCCGGGGCCGCUCGGGGCCCGGGCGCCGCGGGGGAGCAGCCCGAGCCCGGGGAGGCGGCGGCUGGGGGCGCGGCGGAGGAGGCGCGGCGGCUGGAGCAGCGCUGGGGCUUCGGCCUGGAGGAGCUGUACGGCCUGGCGCUGCGCUUCUUCAAAGAAAAAGAUGGCAAAGCAUUUCAUCCAACUUAUGAAGAAAAACUGAAGCUUGUGGCACUACAUAAACAGAUUCUUAUGGGUCCAUAUAAUCCAGACACUUGUCCUGAGGUUGGAUUCUUUGAUGUGUUGGGGAAUGACAGGAGGAGAGAAUGGGCGGCCCUGGGAAACACAUCUAAAGAGGAUGCCAUGGUAGAAUUUGUUAAACUCCUAAAUAGAUGUUGCCAUCUUUUUUCAACAUAUGUUGCAUCCCACAAAAUAGAGAAAGAAGAACAAGAAAAAAAAAGGAAAGAGGAGGAGGAGAGAAGACGGCGUGAAGAGGAAGAAAGAGAACGUCUACAAAAGGAGGAAGAGAGACGUAGGAGAGAAGAGGAGGAAAGACUCAGACAGGAGGAGGAAGAGAGGAGGCGAGUCGAAGAAGAAAGGCUUAGGCUGGAGCAGCAAAAGCAGCAGAUAAUGGCAGCUUUAAACUCGCAGACUGCCGUGCAGUUCCAGCAGUAUGCGGCCCAGCAGUACCCAGGGAACUACGAACAGCAGCAAAUUCUCAUCCGCCAGUUGCAGGAGCAGCACUAUCAGCAGUAUAUGCAGCAGUUGUAUCAAGUCCAGCUUGCACAGCAACAGGCAGCACUACAGAAACAACAAGAAGUAGCAGUAACUGGGCCAUCUUUGUCUACAUCAUCAAAAGUGAAUGCAGCUGUACCAAGUGAUAUGAUGUCAGUUAAUGGACAGGCCAAAACCCACACUGACAACUCUGAAAAAGAACUUGAGCCAGAAACUGCAGAAGAAGUCCUAGAGAAUGGACCAAAAGAAUCUCUUCCAGUAAUAGCAGCUCCAUCCAUGUGGACACGACCCCAGAUCAAAGACUUUAAAGAGAAGAUUCGUCAGGAUGCAGAUUCCGUGAUUACAGUAGGCCGUGGAGAAGUCGUCACUGUUCGAGUACCCACCCAUGAAGAAGGAUCUUACCUCUUUUGGGAAUUUGCUACAGACAAUUAUGACAUUGGGUUUGGGGUAUAUUUUGAAUGGACAGAUUCUCCAAACACUGCUGUCAGCGUGCAUGUCAGUGAGUCCAGCGAUGAUGACGAGGAAGAGGAAGAAAACAUCAGUGAAGAUAAAGCCAAAAAGAAUGCCAACAAACCUCUGCUGGAUGAGAUUGUGCCUGUGUACCGACGGGACUGUCAUGAGGAAGUGUAUGCUGGCAGCCACCAGUAUCCAGGGAGAGGAGUGUAUCUCCUUAAGUUUGAUAACUCCUACUCUUUGUGGAGGUCAAAAUCAGUCUACUACAGAGUCUAUUACACUAGAUAAAGAUGUUACAGAGUCUGGAGUCUAGGGUUAGGCAGAAGAUAGCAUUUAAUUUGGAAAUAUCUUUUGACUUUUAUGGAGCAUUGCAGUCCAUGUUUACCAGUUGAUUUUGGUCUGAUGGUUUGUGAACUCUUGUUGGGAGUCAGGAUUUCCGUGAGACUCUUUAGCAUUAAUACUUUGGGGUUAAAGGGAUUCCUCAGAUUCACCCAAUCUUUGGGUGCUGACCAGUGGAGUUAUUAGUGGAUGCUGAAGUUAUAUGAGCUUUGUUAAAUUUUUAAAGUCUCCAAAAUAAAACAUCCCAACCUUGGCCCCACUUGGCUGAUGGUUAGUCCAUUGCUGCCUGUUUUGUGUGUUUUAUGAGAACCCAUAGUUACAGUGCCCUCUAAUUUGAAAUAUUUAUGUUAACAGUCUACAUGAGGUUCAGCUGACUUUGAUUGAAGGUCACCAUUUUAAAAAAUUUAAAGACCUCACAGAUUAUAAUAAAGAAAUUACCUUGUUUUGAUCUUGUUCUGAAUGACCCAGAUUGGUUUUGCUUUGGGUGCAGCUGUUCAGUUCAGAGUUACAUUACAGGGAACUAUUUUCUGAGAUAACCUUAAGAUAGAAUGUUCAAGUCUAAUUGAUAAUUGAACUAUAAAGAUAAAAGAACACUUCGGAUAUCCAUCUUAGUAAGCCAAACAUCCACAAACUCUGAAUCCUUUUCAUCUGGUAUUCAUUCUACCAGUAGUAAGACAAAUUUAAUUCAUCUUUGUCUUGAUUUGGCCUUAUAGAGCAUCUCAAAACAUUUUUAUGCAAGCAUCUAGUGUGUGAAUUUGUAAAAUCAAAUUGGCACCUACUGAAUUAAACUGAAUAAAAUCAUUUAAAUAUAAUUCUUUGUAUGAGGAACAACAUUGCACCAAUAUGGAAAUCACUGCCAGAGAUAGUUCAUUUUCUUUUAAUUUGUUACUUCUUAGGUACAAAUCCUACAUGAUUUCAGCUUGGAAUUACUAGUAAGAAUUGGAAAUGCAUAUGCCCAUGCUUAAAUUUUUAUAGCUUUAAUCUGUAUUAUGUCUUUAUUAAUGCAAAGAGGUGCAUCUUUGUUUUCCUUACUGAAAACAAAUAUGGAUUAAUUGCCUCAAGUUUGUGUAAGUGAUUGAUUAGUCUAGAGAUUUUUGUUUUCAGAUGGGAGGGUAUUAUAGAUAGAAAAUGACAAAGAUGGCAAUAUACAUGUAAUAUUGUUAUUAUACAUGUUGUUACUGAAAUGCUUAGAUUUUUAAAAUUUCAAAUCAUAAAUCACUUCUUGUAGGGGGAUUUCAAACCAUUGUUUAGCUGCAGUAUAUACAGUUCACUACAUACAGCUAUUUCGUUUUUAUGUACUACAUUUUCUGUUUUUUAAUACCUGGUUUUGUACAUAUCUAACUGUUCUCUUUGGUUGUUCUGAAACUGGAUUAUUUUCUCCCAGGUAUAGCAGAAUUUGUGUUUUUAAAUUUAAUUCAAUAGUCCCAGCUCAUAGAUGUCCAUACUGUUAACUUCCAGAACAUCUGUCAGCCUGUUCAUUAGCUCUCAUGUAUAUAUGAUAGAGAAACCACGGGGUUAGGCACUUCUAGCUUUUUUUUUUUAUGAGAAAAUACUGUAUUUAAAAUGUAAAAUAAACUUUUAAAAAGCAGGCACUAAUAUAUAUUUCUUCCAGCCUUUGAUUACAGAUUUGUCCUUGCAUAUGUUAAGAUGAAUUAUCUUCUAAAAAUAUCAUUGUUCUUGGGAGCAGUAUAUGUUACUUUACAUAGCAGCGGUUCCUGUCAUGUGUUCAUGUCAGAAUAUUUUUGGUUUUAAACUUUUUUAUUGCCUUUGGCUGUUGAUUAGUACAGUACAAGUGCGAUUUCAAACAGAUCUUGAAAAUAAUAUAUUUACUCAAUUAAAAUGUUUAUCUGUAA